GAAGAAAGUGAGAGCGUUCGCAACUGGAUUGCUGAAAUCAGAGAAACCGCUUAUGAUGCGGAGGAUGUCAUCGAGACAUUUGUUCUCAAAGUGGCAUCGUCAAGGCAAGGCGGUUUUAGGAAUAUUCUGAAAAGAUUUGCUUGCAUUUUGAACGAAGGCUGGAAUCUGCACGAUAUAGGUUCUGAGAUUGAGGCGAUUAAGUCUAGAAUUUCUGCAAUAACCAUGAGUUUGCAGACCUAUGGCAUAAAAGAGCUCAGGGAGAGAGAAGAAUCAGCUGGCUCCUCACGCGAGAAGGUAAGAGAAAGGAGGAGGGUGUUUCCUCAUACUGUUGAGGAAAACAUUGUGGGGUUAGAGGAUAACGUUAAUGAGUUGGUUAAUGUUUUGGUUGAUGAAGAAAAAAAUUUCAGAGUGAUGUCUAUUUUUGGCAUGGGUGGUUUGGGGAAGACUACUCUGGCUAAGAAAGUCUACAACCAUGAGAAAGUUAUGAGUAAUUAUAAUAAUCUCGCAUGGGUUUAUAUUUCUCAACAAUGUCGAAGGAGGGAUGUCUGGGAGGGAAUUCUUUCAGGGCUUACCUCUGGUGCUGAUGCAGAGAGAAUUCUGAAACUAAGAGAUGAACAAUUGGCAGAAGAGUUGCAUAAGUUCCUGCAAGACAACAAAUGUAUGGUGGUACUUGAUGACAUCUGGAGUAUUGAAGCCUGGGACAGUCUAAAGGCAGCCUUCCCAAAUAAAACAGAGAGUAAGAUACUGCUUACCACUCGGAACAAAGAUCUCGCUCUGUAUGCUGAUCCCAAAGGGUUCCUCCAUGAACCAAAGUGCCUCAAAGAUGUAGAGAGCUGGGAACUGUUUCACAAGAUAGCCUUUGCGAGAGUUGAUGAUACUCCAGACUUCAAAAUUGAUGAAAGGAUGGAAGAGCUAGGAAAGCAAAUGGUUGGACAUUGUGCAGGCUUGCCCUUAGCCAUUACGGUGCUAGGGGGACUUUUGGCAACAAAACAUACAUUAAAGCAGUGGAGAAUGGUGGCCGAGAACAUACAAACAUACAUCACAAAGGGCAUUGGUUACGGAGAAGAUCGUUCCGCAGUUUCUGAUGUUCUAUCUUUGAGCUAUGAUGAUUUGCUCCCACAUUUAAAACAAUGCUUUCUAUGUUUAGGUCAUUUUCCUGAAGACUAUGAAAUACCGGUAGAUAAAUUGAUUAAAUUUUGGAUAGCUGAUGGAAUUGUUCCAUCAGAUCAGUAUAGAGGAGGGGGUCAGGGAAAGAACAUUGGAGGAUGUGGCUGAAAGCUGCCUCGAGGAACUGGUAGAGAGGAGCAUGGUUAUGGUUGAUAUAGAGACGAGCUGAGCUCAGAAAUCUUUACUUGUCGGAUGCAUGAUCUCAUGAGAGAUCUUUGCUUAUUGAAAGCGGAGC